GUCAGUACUAAUAUAACCAAGUUACAGAAGUUUUCUUUUCAGAUCUUGUUGCUAAAGAAACUGUCAAAACAAAUUUUUUAGUAGUCUUUUUUGUACGGAUACAGUUCUCAUCAAUAUUGAGGUUGUAUCUUCGUCAUAAACAGUACUUAAUAAUUAUACGAAACUAAAACUCACAACUGUUAUGGAAAGUGAACACAACAUGCGUAUGACUGUUUAUACGAUUGUCAAAUAUAACAUUCAAAUAAUUGUUUAAAAGUUUUAUUUUUGAAAAUGAAUGAAAACCUUCUCAAUGACAAAGAAUCUACUUUGAAUGCCAUACUAGAAAAUAAAUCAAUUGUGACUUGUAAAUGCUGGCGAUGAAGCUUUAUUUUUAUCUGUUGAAAGUAAUAUAUUGAACAGUAUAUCUUCCAGUACAGUAGAAUGGCGCAGAUCUUUCAGCCGGCCUAUAAAAUCAGUGAGACUUAAAGUUUCUUUUGUGCCGUUUUCCAUAAAUCUUUUGUCUUCGGAAAUUGAUGAGAAUUUGAUGAAACAACCAAUCCUCCACACUUAUUGGAGUGAUUGCUCGGAUCUAGAAGCAUAUAAAGUAUCUUUAAAAGACAACAUUGGUAGUUGGCUUAAAAUUCUAAAUCAACGCCAAAUUCAAGAUUGGAUGAUUGUUCUAGUUGAUACUUACGACAAUAAAAAAACUAAUAAGUUGAUACCUCGUACAACAGUUCUUGAUAAAAUUCACAAUGAUUUUGCAACAAAGCAUGGGGAUCGAUGCUUAUCCGUUAUAAAUCCAGCAAAGUUCGAAUCACGUUCAGCUGAAUCUUGGAGAGGACUUAUAUCCAGGAUUCAACAUUUCAUGCUUGUGGCUUAUGAUAAACAACUUAUACAUUUUGAAGAAAUUAUUAGAGAACAGAGAGAACGGCGGAAUCAGAAACAUUGGAGUUUUUGUGAAUAUUUCAUUCUUCAGGAAGAACUCGCUUUCAUUUUAGAAAUGUUAGGAGUAAACGAUGAAGCUUUGGUUCAGUACGAUGAGCUUGAUGCUUUAUUCACCCAAUUCAUUCUUAAUUGUGAUGUUGGAGAAACUCCACCUUGGUUAACUACAUUCAAAAAUCCUCUGAACGAUUGGCGAGCUAUAAACUUGAAGAAGAGUGUCGAUCAUUUUUCAAGAGGAUUAAUUAGAGAUAAUAAAGCAUCAUUAUUAGAUUUUAGAAACUAUUUAUUUAGUAGACAAUGUGCAUUGUUACUUUCACUUAAACAACCAUGGGAGAUUGCUCGUCGUUGUUUGUUGUUUGUGUAUAAUACUCUAAGUGAAUUACGAAUACUUGAAGUCAGUCGGCCAAAUGGAUCCGUGGAAUGUUGGUCGGUUCUUUGUGCAUUAGAAAUUUUACACAUUUGUCAAUCAUCAGUGAUAGCUUCUGAUCACAGUCAACAUCUUGAUCUUUGCUCUUUAUAUACGGCUGGUUUAUGGGCACUCGCAAGUGAAAAGCUAGGUAAAUUAGGAAAAUUAUGUGGACUUAUGCCCGGUAUGGAUGAACCAACUAGUGAGCAACUUCAUACUGUUGUUUACCUGAUAUCAGGCUUAGAUGAUAUGCGCAUUCAGGAAGAAGUUACAUACACCGAAAAAUUCAAGAGCGCAUUAUCAUCUAAAGAAAUUUUUACAAAACAAUUAUUAGAAUACUCAGAAUUAGCUAUGGGAACUUAUAAGCACAUAGGGAGAAUCAGAUCAGCAAGACAUAUCGGAAAAGAAUUAGCACAAUUUUAUGGUAGUUUGGAUGAAAAACAAACAGCUAUUGCUUUUUUAUUAGAUGCAUUAAAAACUUACAUUGACGAAGGUUGGCUACUGUUAGUAGUCCAAACUCAAUUAAAGCUUGCUCAGUAUUAUAAAGAAAUGAGUGAUUUUGAUAAAUAUGUAAAAAUGUGUUGUUUGAUUGCUUGUUCAAGAUUGUCACAUAUAGCUGUUCGAAAAAUUUACUUUGAAGAAAUGUUAAUGCACAUCAAAAUGUUGACCACAGCUAAACCAUUGUGUACUCAAUUUGAUAAUUGUUUUGAAAUACUUACCAUAAAUGUAAGCAUCAUUGACAAAAAUAUAGAAGAUUUUAAAGUGAAUAUAAAUGUGUCGUUAAAGUCACUACUACCAAUGACUGUAGAGAAUGUUUGCGCAAUUAUUUCAGUUGAAAAAAUUCAAGACAUUACUCAUGGGAUGAAAAUGAAGUGUCAUCCAGAGUCACCAAUAAUGUUAUUAUCUACAUGGAAUAGAAAAAGUGAUAAGCCUAAAAUUCCACAGUUAACUCAAUUAGAAGUUUAUUCAUACGUAGAUUUUAGAGAAGAUAAAACUACUGAAUCUGCUGGCAUAAUAAAUAAACAUACAACGCAGCUAAUUAGUCAAUUUGAAAGUGAAAAACCUCUGAGUGUUGGCGAUAAAAUUAUAAAUGAAGUAUUUGCAAAACAUAUUUGCGAUAUAAAACCUGGUGAAAAUAAUUUUACGAUUUCAAUACUAGAUCACAAAUCCGGAAUUUAUAAAAUUAAUCAGUUAUCAUUACUCGUUAACGAAAAAUUUAAAUUCCAAUCUAGAAUUAUUACACCACAACUAGAUUAUAAAAUUAUAAAAACUCAACCAUCAAUUUUAAUGAAUAGUCGAAAUCUUGUAGGUGGUCUUAUUCAAAAUACUGAACUAAUAAUAUCUAAUGGUAGUGUUAAAAUUCAAAAAGGUACGAAAAUAAAAUUAUGGACUUCAAGAGGUUUAAUGAUAAAACUUGUUGAUAGUUCAAAAAAUCUAUCUAGUGAGGUGGAAGUAGAAUUAUCAGAGUAUGAACCAUGGCAAGUUAUAAAGUUGCAAUUGCAAGUAUAUACUGAACUGCCACCAAAAAAAGAUUCGUCAUCAAUGGAAUACGAGUUGCAUAUUCAACCACCUUGGGGUAUAGAGGAGAGCAUUUUUUUAAGUUUUGACACUCCUUUAAUGUCUUGCUUAACUAUCCAUACGAUAAAGGAAAGAAAAUUUUUACAAAUUAUUGUUACGGGUCUUACUAAAAAAAUUCUCCAAUUAACUGAUCCAGAAUUGAUUUUAAAUACUUCUGCGGACAUAAGUUUCAAGAAUCUUAACCCUAUUGCAGGCCAAAAACUUAUUAUUACUGAUGGAAUCAAAGUGUUUUAUUUAUGGGAAAUGAAAUUAGGAAAAAAUCAUAAAUCAGUGCUUCCUUUGAAAAUUGAUUUUACUAUGAAAUAUCUUCUUAUUGACAAUAAAGAUGAUUUAUAUGAAUUUAAUAUCAGUGACGAUCCUCUUCACAUCAAUAAACUUCUGAAAUUGGAAAAAUCGAGUUAUAAGUAUCGGUGCCCUUUUGAGAUUUCAAAUUAUGCGUCUAUUUAUACGGUAACAUCAAAAGUGAAGGCAAGUGGGAAUGCAGGUGAAUUUUGUCGUUCCGGAAGCAUAUGCCAUCUUUACUUGAACAUGAUACGAAUUUUACCUGGAGCUAAUAUAAAUAUUUCAUCUCAACUUAUGUACGAAGUUUUGGAUGACCAAUCAAUGUGGGCUAUUUGUGGCCGUACUGCAGGAAUUAUUACGUUUGAUACUUAUGACGAGCAGAGUGUCACUCUAGAUAUCAUGCCAUUAAAGAAUGGAUACCUACCUCUUCCCAUAGUUCGAUUGUCUCGUUACAUACCUGCUUUAGAAACAAAAAAUGAUAUGAUUCAAAAUAGUAAUCUAAAAACUGGUCCGAGAUUAGAACCUUUUAGCGUAGGACAAAUAUACAAUGCAAGUAAAGCACAACAAGUUCAUGUUUUACCAGCUUAUUCUACUUAACGUGGAUAUAUUAUGUAGCUUAGCUACGACUGAUCAUAAGAUGUGUAACACAAAGUUCUCGUUUUUCACAAGAUCUAAAUUGCCGCAAAAAGUGAAUUAUUUAAACUUUCGAAGUGAAAUAUUAUUACAUGUUUCAAUCAAAAAGUUUUUUUUUAUUUUAUUUUAUUAAAGUUCUUUUCAUUUACGCAGUCGAAAAGCAAACUUCAGGUAAUUUAAAGUAAAAGGUUUGUCUGAUUAAUUCAAAAAAAAGUGAAGAGACAUUAGUUCUAAGAUGAAAAAUAAGGUAGUCCUAUGACAUUUCAAACCAGUCAUUAUAGUUAUCAUCGUUAUAACUUUUUGUAACUAUGCCAAUUGAGAAGUCAACUUGUAUUUUAUUGAUAAAAUUUUCUAAAAAACGAAUGUUAUCAAAAAUUGUAAAGAACAAUAAUGCUCUCAAAUAUAUGAACAUCCUGAUGAUUGAGUGAGGUGAGCUAUGAUUAAUGUAUUAAAGCUAAUUUCAUCUAAAGUUGUUGAGUGCUUGAAAAUGUAAACUUACUUUAAUGAAAACAUGAGUAAUUUUUUUACUUUAUACUUUAUUUUCUACGUAAGCGUAAACAUUAUGAAUGUAUUAAAUAGCGCAACAUCGAAAUCUUCAUUAUUACCCUCAUCAACUAUUAAACCCAAGAACAACCGACUGACUUUUCAAGCUAAACUAAAAACUUUCUGCUGUUUUCAAGUAAUGUGUUUGUGACAAACCGAACUUUGUUGAUCAGCCCUGCUGGUCCUGAUUGCAUCCUAAAACUCACACUGAUUGUACAUUAGCCAAAUCAUAUAUAGCUUUAACAAGUAAGUAUUAGAAUCAGAAUCAGAAUAAGUUAGAAAAGAAGAGGAUGCGUUCGUAAUCAGGUAAUUUAAACAAAAAAGAUACCAGGUAAGUAAAAUAGUGACAAAAAGAGCAAACGUAGCAGAAUACGGCUAGAAAGUCUUCAGUUAUCAAUAAUUUUUUUAACUUUACGCUGAGAAAAUCGAAGAUUUUCAAAAAAUUCGUGAAGUUAUUGGUUUCACUCCGAUUUUCAAAAACCGGGUUUUCAUCAUAUGUCGAGGUUUGAAGGUGCUAGGAUGCUGUUCUGACAUUUUCAGAGCGAUGUCUGUAUGUAUGUAUGUGUGAGUGUGUGUGUGUGUGUGUGUGUGUGUGUGGAUGUUAACCUCUUCUAUCUUUUUGAUGAAUGAACCGAUUUGAAAAAAAAAAAAAAUUAUAUUAUUAUUAAUUGCAAUGUUUUAUUAUGUGAAAUUAGUACUUUUGGCAAGUUUUUGACAGGUAUCUGAUCGAAAUGUGUCCGAAAGACACUUUCCAGACACUUCCCUUUCCCUUCUAUCAGUCCAACCCAGGGUCAUGAAGGAUCGACCAGGAAGGCAGGACCUUCAGCCGGUGGCGCGAAGAUCCAAGGUAAAAUUAAUGGAAGUCGAGGCAGGUUGCCCGA